AAAAUGGGGAAAGCUAACAAGACCAGGAAAUUUGCCAAAGUCAAGAGGAUGAUGAAACCUAAUGACCCUCAUAAGCAGAAGGCUGAAGAGGAGAAAAAGGAAACUAAGCGCUCGAGACUAACCAAGAUGGAGAUUAAGAAAAUAGAGAAAGAGCGUGUUGCUCUCUUCUUUUCUCAUAAUAAAGAGCUGGGACCCCCCUACCAGGUUUUGCUUGAUACCAACUUUAUUAACUUCUCUAUUCAGUAUAAGCUAGAUAUUGUGAAGGAAAUGAUGAACGCGCUGCUUGCCAAGUGCGUGCCAGUCCUGACUGAUUGAGUCGUUGCUGAAAUAGAGAAAAUGGGCCAUAGGUACAGAAUGGCUCUGAAGAUCACGAAAGAUACAAGGUUUACUCGUCUAACUUGCACUCAUAAGGGUACAUAUGCUGAUGACUGCCUCGUAGACAGGGUCAAGCAGCAUAGAUGCUAUAUUGUGGCUACAAUGGAUAAAGAUCUCAGACGUAGAAUCAGAAAAGUUCCAGGUGUUCCUUUGAUGCACAUUGCUGGACAUAAAUACAAAGUUGAGAAGAUGGCUGAGGACCUUGGAAAUAUGUAUUAACUCGGACUAAGAAUUAUUUCUAGCAGGAAAGUUUACUCAUUCAAUA